UACUACUUACUACUCAUCCACCCACCCACCCACAAACCCAGAAGAAGAAGAAGAAGAGACUGCUAAUUAAUUAUUAAUGGAAGCACGGAAGAGAUGGUACGCCGUCGACAACAAAGAUAUUAAGCAGAUAAUGCAAAGAUUCCGUCCUAUUGUCCCUAAGCCGACUGGGGGGGACUCUUCCUCCUCCGGAUCUCCUUCAGUUAUCACUACUACCACAGCCUCCGCCGGCGGCAGAAUUACCAAGACUCAUAAGAGAAGGUACGUUAGGAAUAAGAAUAGGAGGGGGGGAGCUGCUAAUAAGAGAAACAAAUCAUCAGCAGAAGCAGCAGCACAAAGAGAUUCGCUCUUCACGCUACAGCUACUUCCUGCACAGGAGGAGGAAGCAGAUCACCUUCCCAUCAUCCCCCCAAAGGAUUCUCCACCAAAUGAUGAUGGUAUUCUUCUACCCACUUCGUCGUCGACGACGGGAAGUGGUGGUGGUGUUGGGAUGAACAACAACAACAACACCAGUAGUAGUAGUAGUAAAAACAAGGAGAAGAUGAUGAUUCAGGCUUUCAGCUUGUGGGACCCAUCAUCACUACUAAUAGAUCGGACGGUGGAGACGUGGGUUACAGUAGAGCGCGUGACAGGGAAUUGCAUGGAUGGAAGGUGGUGGUUAGGAGGAGGAGGAGGAGGGUGUACGGAAGAGGAUGAGGAAGAGGAGAUGAUAAUGAAUCUGGAAAGGGACGCGUGUCCUGGUUUCAUAUCGGACGGAGAUAAUAAGGUCAAGUGGGUGAAUAUGGCAUACAGGAAAUUGGUGUGGAAUGAAGAGGAGGAGGGAGUAGCGCCGCCGCAAGUGGCGGUGAAGGUGGUGGUGGCCGGGGAUAAUAAUAAUAAAGAGUUGUUGGCAUCAUCAAUAUCAUUAUUAGGACAUUUCUCAUGCUGGGUGAGGGUGCAAUUUGAAUUAAUGUCCUCGAAAUAUAGUUUGGAAAAGCAGUGCCGGCAGAUUGUAGUGCCGUGUGAUGUAUGGAGAUUGAAGAAGAAGAAGAAGAAGAAGGAGGAGUUUGUUAGAGGAGGGCUUGCAUGGAAACUGGACGUUCAAACUGCUCUUUCCUUGGGAAGAAGAUGAUCAUCAUCCAAUUUAUUAUUAACUGCUUUUUAAUUGUUCCAUAAUCAUAAUCUUCUUCAAGACUUGUUCAUCAUCAGGUACACAUUGUUGUAUCAUGGGACUCCUGUGUAAUAUUAUUACCCUAACUAGUAAUUAAUUUAAUAAGUGAGUGUGUUUGUGAAUAUUAUUAUUGCAGCUGCUUAUCUAUUAAGGUUGAGAAGA